ACAACAACAACAAUAAUAAAUAAGCCAUUCAUUUUAAAUGGUUAAUGUAGUUAAAUUGCUGCAAUAGAAAUUGUUCUGUCCAUUUGUUGUUGAAAACCGAGUCCAUUUCAUUUUUUUUUUGGUAUUCUGUAUAUAAUAACAAUAAUGAAAAAUUAUGAAGAUCCUAGUUCACCAGGAAUAAUCGCGGAAAAGACCCUGCCAGGCCAUCUGUCCUGUUCGGGUCCUAGUGUCAGUGGUAGUCUGGUCUAUGCGGUUGAACCAACACUUCAAUCAAGUGAUUCAUGUUUGAAUACAUUUAAUAACAAUAUUUGGCCAAAGACAAAGUUUUCAUCAUCAUCCGUAUCGACAGUAGCUGCCACUAGCAAAACCAAUAACGAUCCAACGCCGACGGCAACAGUUCCAACUGGAUCAUCACAGUUUAUAUCAAUUCAUCAUUCGAUUGAUCACUAUUUUAAUGCUACUUGUGUUGCAUCAUCAACCACACAAACAAUUCGAAAGUUACCCAUCGAACAAAUGGAACAUAAAAUCAAUCCAAUCUCGGAUUUGUACACACCGUUUGUAGCCAAUAGUUCAUUAGAAAUGGCCAAACGUGUCGUGGUUCACGAUCAUGAUUUGUUAAAAAACAAAGAUUGUUGUCUACCAAUGACUGGUAAAGAUAUGCAUCGUUCAAAAAAUAAUCUUCUAUCAACUAAUCGAACCAAACAAUUAUCAUUCAAUCCUCAACAAUCAAAUCUUCGUCUUGUUCAUAAUCUUGAAAGAAUUGAAAACAUAACAAGCAAAAUGAAAAAACAACAAAAUAGCAACAACGAAGAUAACAACAGCAAUAUUAAUAAUCCUCAUAAUCAACAAUCGACUUUCGAUUGUGAUGCUAUUAUAUCCAUUGAGAAUUCCGGCUCACAUAAGAAUCGGCUAAAUAAAUCGAUCAAUGUAAGUGAUAAUUAUCAUGUACGUUUAAAUAUAAAUGCAAGAGAACGACGUCGAAUGCAUGACCUUAAUGAUGCCCUUGAUGAAUUACGGUCGGUCAUUCCAUACGCACAUUCUCCGUCUGUACGAAAAUUAUCGAAAAUUGCUACUUUAUUAUUGGCCAAGAAUUUUAUCUUAAUGCAAGGCAAUGCUAUUGAAGAAUUACGUCGACUUAUAAUCUAUAUGUAUCAAUCAGGCGUACCAUUGCCACCAAAUUUACCAUCAUUAUCGACGGUCAAUACAACCGGACAGACAAUGAAUGUACAGCAAGUGGCCAAUAUAAUCGAACAAUAUGGAUUUGCACCGGAGGAAACAAGUAAUUCAAUGACAGGAAAUAAUGAAUGUCAAAAUGAUAGAAAGACACAGACUAAGCAAUCAUCAUCAUCAACGGCGAACAAAAUGUCAAAUCGAAAAGUUAAUACAAAACAAAGGCAACAAUCAACUAUUGAUGAAAAUAAUAAUGCACAUUGAUUGAUGCAUAUAUACAUCACCACAUACAAUAAACAUCAGAUUUGUAUUUCUUUGCCAUUUUUUCUCAUCACUGCUAUUCAUAUAUUACAUUUAGAAAUUGAUGUAGGAAUGAGAUUUUAUCAUUUAAUAAAUUUUUUUCUUUA